ACACGCCUCCCUCGGUCCCUCCGCAAGGGGGCGCUGCGGCACCGGAACCGGGAUCGGCACCGGAACCGGGAUCUGAGCCGGGACCGGAGCCGAGGUGCCCCCCCACCGCCCUCGGCCCGAGCCCGGGACCGGCAGGAGCCGCACGGUGCUCUUUCCCACAGGAUUUUUGGGGCAGAGCCAUUCCCAAACGCUGCGUUCUGGAUCCAAACGGGGCUUGUGGGCUGCAGCUCUUUUGAAGGCUUUGCUCUGUCACAAGCGCAGCUUUCCCAAACUGGAAGGAGGAUUCCCCUGGCACCGGUGACCUCCUGAGGCAGUUCCUGGCUGUGGGAUGGAGCUGUGGAGCCGGGCAGACCCCCAGCUCCGAGAGGUCGUGUGGUUUGCCCUGCGCUGCCGGGCCCUGGCGCUGCUGCUGCAGGCAAGUCUGUCCUCCAGCCAAGGAGGCUCUGCUGGGGUUUGCUGCUCCCAGGCUCCUCCCUGCUGUACCCCUGGGAUCCAUGAGCUGGUUCUGCACAAUGGGGAAAUCAUCCUCUCUGGAGAGCCAACAGACCGUCUCCAGCCAGGGGUUUUACUUACAGGUUGCUGUUAAGUAAAAUUGCAUUAAUCUCCUUGUGACUUGCUGUAUUUUCAUGCUGCUGCUGCAAGAGGCUGGUUUGGCUCAAAGUGUGUUUAUCCACAGAAAAGGAACAAUAAUCUCCUCCUGUACGUUCCUCCCAAGUCUCAUUUCCAGAGACAUCCUGCUCUGAGCAUGGGAGAGCUUGGUUGUGACAGCCAGCACAGAGCCCAGUCAUAGCCAGAGCAGCUUUCCCUGGCCAGUUCUGCAGGGAUCCAUGCUGCGUCCCAGAGCGUUAUUCUGUUCAGGUGCCGUGUUUAACCUGCUGAUCCCGGACCACGCUGCCGACGCCUUCUCCCCGCCGCGGCCGGGCCCGCGGGGCCGCUGGGACGCGCUGCUGGAGCGGCUGCUGGGCGGGCUGGGCCGCUGGGACGCCGAGCAUUUCCUGUUCAUCGCCGAGCGCGGCUACCUGCUGGAGCACAACUGCGCCUUCCUGCCGCUCUUCCCGCUGGCGCUGCGGCUGCUGGCCGCGCUGCUGCCGUGCCCGGUGCCGCUGCAGCCCCGCAGCCGGCUGCUGCUGGCGGCCGCGCUGCUGAACGCGGCGCUGGCGGCGCUGGCGGCCGCGGCGCUGCUGGCGCUGGGCCGGGCCGUGCUGCGCCGGCCCCGCCAGGCCUUCCUGGCCGCGCUGCUCUUCUCCGUCAGCCCGGCCGGCGUCUUCAUGGCCGCGGCCUACUCGGAGAGCGCCUUCGCCGCGCUGGCCUUCAGCGCCAUGUGGCAGCUGGAGACGGGCCGCGGCCGGCUGGGCGGGCUGCUCUUCGCGCUGGCCGCCGGGGCCCGGGCCAACGGGCUGCUCAACGCCGGCUUCGUGCUCUACGCGCGGGCCCGGCGCUUCGCGCUGCGGCUGCAGGGCCCGGCGGCGGCCCCGAGGGAGCUCCCCGUGCUGUGCAAGCGGCUCCUCGGCCUGGUGUCUUCGUCAGCCCUGAUGUGUGCCGGGAUUUCCCUGCCUUUUGCCGUGUUUCAGUACUACGCCUACGUGCGGUUCUGCGAGCCCGGCGCGGGCCUGGCCCCGAGCGUGCCCGAGCCGCUGCUGCAGCUGGCACGGGACAAGGGCUAUCGGGUGGCAGGCGUGGGUGAGGCUAAACCCCCCUGGUGCUCCCAGCGCUUCCCUCUGGUCUAUUCCUAUAUCCAGGACACUUACUGGAACGUGGGCUUUCUGAGGUACUUUGAGCUCAGACAGAUCCCAAAUUUCCUGCUUGCUCUGCCUGUCACCCUUCUGUGCUCGUGGGCUGCCUGGACCUACGUCAGCACGAACCCCCGGCACUGCCUGACUCUUGGUCUAGAGAGGAGCAAGGGUGAAGAGAGGGGAAAGGCAAGAGAUGGAUUUUGUGGCCCUGCUGCCUUCGUGUACGUGGUCCACAGCACGGCCCUGCUGGUGUUCGGGUUCUUCUGCAUGCACGUGCAGGUGCUGACCCGCUUCCUCGGCUCCUCCUCUCCCAUCCUGUACUGGUUCUCAGCUCACCUGCUUUUGGAACACGAACCUUUACUCUGGAGCACAGGGACUGACAAUCCAGCCUCUGGGAAGCCUCUUCUGGGUAAAUCUCACAGUUCCUCUGGAAAAGGGACCUCGGACAACCCCCUUGUGAGGCUGCUGCUGAACUGGCGAUCGAUUACCCCCCUCAGCAAGAGCAUCCUGGGGUUCUUCCUGGGCUACUGGCUGCUGGGGCUGAUCCUGCACUGCAACUUCCUCCCGUGGACGUAGCAGGCUGUGCUGGCACAGGCCAACAGUGGGGCAGGAGCUGCUCAGAACUGAAACUCAGCUGCUCUGAAAGCCUGAGGUGGCUGUGAUGACGCUGUCGUUGCAGUUACAAAGGUGUUACUCCUCCGUUACCAUGUCCCAGGUGGGAUGUUCUCUCUGGUGUGAUGCUGCAGCAUCCUGCCCCGCUCUGCUGGCAUUGCUGACAGCCAAAAUUCCCAUCACCUGCCUGGGAUGGGGAAUGCACCUGGGUUCCUGCAUCUCCCGGGGGAGAUGAUGGCAGGCACGGAUUUGUGGCAGGAUGCUGUGAUGGAUUUGGGGAUUCCCUGGGAUGUGGUGUGGGCACGGCAGGGAGGGUCCAGCUGCCCUGAGCUGCUCAGACUGUUCCGGUUCUUUUUCCCUGGAGCCGGUUCCGGGCUCCGAGCCAGGCUGGGCAGGGGCACGGCGGGGGUGGCGGGCGCUGCGGGGGCACAUGCACGACCCCAAUAAACAUGUGAAGGUUACCGGA